GGCGGCUCCCGGCCCCGACUGUGGCGGGGCUCCCCCUCCUGCCACCUCCCUCCUUCCAGCGCACCCGCAGCCGGUCCCGGGCCGCUGGCCCCUCAGCCGGCCUGGCCACCCCCGGGCCUGCAGGGCAGCGCCUGGUCCCCCGCCUGCCGCCGUGCCGUAGUCGCCCUUCCCCGGCGGCUGGACAACAGGAGAUUGUGUUCCUGGGAGAAAGUAUUUUCAGCGUCUGGAGUCUUUUGUACAGAUUUUCUCUUCCAAGAACCCAUUUUUUUUUUCGAAACGCGAACCUGUAAUCUGAAGCGUAUGGUUUCGGUUCGUUACAGUAGCCUGUCCCUCUUGAUCUGUGUUUUUUGGCCUGCCUUUCAAACUCUGCUCCAGGUCCCUGCCCGAGGACUCUUUGCUUUGCCUGUCUUUGUCAUCAGCAAGCGAGCAGCUGGUGCGUGGAAGCCAGGCAGACUCGUUCUACAAGUGUGUGUGUGCCUGCCUGUCAGCUCGCGUGUGUCCAACGCACACCCCAGCGAGCUCCCCGGCCGAGACAGCUGAGAAGACCUUGAGGAGGAAAGAGUCGAAGCUGGGCAGGUCUGGGGUAGGAAAAUCAGCCAGGAGGAACUUAAGUCAUAAAGAAUUGCAACCAGCGCAAAGUAACCAUCAGCCUUAUCAGGAGUGGCCUCAAACAAACUGGGAACCGGCAGCAGGUGAGCGUCAGGAAAAGACUACCGCAGGGCAAGAGAAGUGGUGUAACUCAGAAGAUAGAGGUUGGAGAUCCACUUGCUUGUAAUUGAACAUGGCAGGGGAUAUAAAACGAUUCACACGCAUGCUACUGGAAUGCAACAGCAACGACAAGCUGUGUGUUGUGCGUGAACAUCAGAUUGAAGUGAUUGUUGUCCCAGUUUUCCUUGUGGGUUUUUUUGUCAUCGUGCUAACUGUGAUCCUUUGGCUCCACUGUCGAGGCUUGCGAGCAAAGGAGAAACGAUUGUCAUCAUCGUCUGCUGGACAACAAGGGAAUGAGAAGAAUCAGCAGGAAUUCAGCUCAACAGAGAAACACUGUAUCCAACUGAGUGAGACAUCUGUGGAGAGCCUGCUAAAUUCUGCAUCCUUAACUCUGAAAGAACUGGAGAUACCACGGGAGAAACUCUCCCUGGGCACCUUGCAGCUGAUAAAACACGGACGCUAUGGGAGCAUCUACAGAGCACAGUUGGAAACUGGAAACCCUGAGAAGACUAAGACUGUAGUACUGAAAGCUUUACAAGACCUGAGUAGUUCUCAGAAAGUAAAGGAUUUCCUGGGAAGGAUUAAAUUCCAUCAAAAUCUUGGCCAUCAUGAGAACCUGGUUGAAUUGAUUGGAUGCUGUAUAGGUCAGCUCCCACUUUAUAUGAUCAUGGAAGAUGUGUCUCUUGGUGACCUGUUGACAUUUCUAUGGACGUGUCGGAAGGAUGUAAUGACAAUGGAUGGUAUCCCUUAUGAUCUCACCGAGAGGCAAGUAUAUAAAGUUGGACAGCAGGUUGCUGCAGCUCUGGCCUAUCUUGAACAGAAGAAGUUGUUCCAUGGAGACAUUGCUGCCAGGAAUGUCCUCCUUCAUCACAAUUUCACUGCUAAGCUCUGUGGUUUGGGUCUGGCCUAUGAAGCUCACACGUACGGUGUCAGCUCAGUCACACAGAUUGUGCCAGUCAAGUGGCAGGCACCAGAGAGGCUCCUGCAGAAACCUCCUGGCAUCAAGGCAGACAUAUGGUCUUUUGGAAUUCUACUGUAUGAAAUGAUUACACUAGGUGCUCCACCAUAUCCUGAGGUGCCACCUUCUGACAUCUUACUAUACCUGCAGAGACAGAACAUUAUGAAGCAGCCCUCAAGCUGCCAGCAAACCAUGUACAACAUCAUGAAGUCCUGCUGGCAGUGGAAUGCAAAUAACCGGCCUUCUCCAGCAGACCUGAUCCAGGCCCUAAAAACAGCUGUGAAGACAAGCAACGACCAUGCAGUACUGCAGGUUCCUGAGCUAGUGGUGCCUGAACUCUAUGCUAACGUUGCUGGUGUUGAUGUGCACAGUCUAGUGAGUGAGUACACUGUACUCUGAAGGACCCUUUCACGUGUUGGUAAGGGAGAAGUCUCUGAGUUUGCCUUUUCUAGACGCUUUGGAAGCUUGGAAUGAGGUACAUAUGUUGGGAGGGAUCCCUUUGUUUUUAAACACAUUAUAUAUAUCAGAUCUCUCCUCCGUGCCAGAAGCAACAAACUAUUAAAUCAACCUGUUGAUGUCAUUCUGCCAGUGGUCGUUUGGGAGCAAAGUGGCUUUAGGAAGCUGUAGAAAACGUAAUGAGAAGCUUGAGUUAAGGGAGUAUAUUGGGUUUGUGUGGCAAGGUUUUGGUAGUGAGGGGGCUACAGGGGUGUCUCCUCUAAGAAGAUGCCAGAAGCUUUGCCCACGUUUGAUAGAGCCAGUUCCAGCUGGCUCCAGGACAGACCUGCCACUGCCCAAAGUUGAACCCAUCAGCGACCUCUGUGAUAACAUAUGUAAGAAAUGGUAUAAAAUACUGCACAACAGCAGCUGGAAGAGAGGAGUGACAAGAUGUGAGAGAAACAGCCCUGCAGACACCAAGGUCAGUAGGAGGGGGAGGAGGUACUCCGUGUGCUGGAGCAGAGAUUCCCCUGCAGCCCAUGUGGUGAAGACCACGGUGAAGCAGGCUGUCCCCCUGCAGCCCAUGGAACAGAUAUCCACCUGCAGCCCUUGGAGGACCCAAUGCUGGAGCCUGUCACCCUGUGUGAAGCCCCAAGCCGGAGCAGGCUCCUGGAAGGACCUGUGGUCCCAUGGAGAAGAGCCCCCAUUCGAGCAGGUUUGCUGGCAGGACUUAUGAUCCCAUGGGGGAUCCACGGUGGAGCAGUCUGUUCCUGAAGGCCUGGUCUUUCCAUGGAAAAGACUCACACUGGAGCAGUUAGUGAAGAACUGCAGUCUGUGGGAAGAACUCAUCCCCUUUGGAAAAGUUCUUUGGAAGACUGUCUCCCUGAGAGCAACCCCAUGCUGAAACAAGGGAAGAGUGUGAGGAGGAAGGAGUGGAAGAGAAAACGUGUGAUAAACUGACUGCAACUCCCUUUUCCCAUCCUCCUGUGCUGCUGGAGGGGAGGAGGUAGAGAAAAUCGGGAGUUAAGCUGAGCUGGGGAAGAACAGCUGGGAGGGGAAGGUGUUUUAAGAUUUGUUAUUAUUUCUCAUUAUCCUACUCGGAUUUUGA